AUGGCUUAUGCUGCUGUAACUUCGCUUAAAGGAACACUCCAUCUACACUUCUUGCAGUCAGAACCACGCCUGCCUCUUAUAUAUAAACGAAUGUUGGUCUCUCUCCAUAGAAAUCUUAGUUUCCUUCAAGAAAGUCUUGAGGAAUCUGAGAUGGCCUAUGAUGAUGCGGGGGCGAUGAAAGAUGUAGAGGCAGAGAUCAGAGAUGUAACGUUCGAAGCAGAAGAAAGGAUUGAGAUGGAGUUGACUAACAUUUAUGUAGAGGCAAAGGGUUGGACGAAGGGUCUUGCUUGCCUCCUCAGGCUUCAUGGAAUCUUGAAUGAAGCUGUAAAACAGACUGAUUACCUGAAGAAGAAGUUGAUUAAGAUUCAAAGUAAAAAGCAGCUUGCAAAGGGUCCAUCACAAGGUCAAAGGAUGCGACAAAGAGGACUACUCCUUGGUUCCACAUCAUCGCAGCCUGCUGAUCCAGAACGCCAGAAUAAUAUUUCUGUGAGUAAAUUUUCCAAAAAUGCUUCAAUAAAGUUUGACAGUAGAAUGGUCGGGUGCAACCACGAGUUCAAGACGAUAAUGGAUCAGCUCACCCAACAAUCAGCAAAGCAGCUACAAGUUAUAUCAAUUGUAGGCAUGGGCGGAAUAGGUAAAACCACUUUAGCUCGCAAAGUCUAUGAAGAUUCAUCAAUUAGUUUUUAUUUUGACAAACGAGCAUGGGUUACUAUAUCUCAAGAGUUUAACGAGGAACAAAUGCUCCAAUGCCUUAUUGGUUGUGUUAAUGCAACAUCACAUGGCAAUUUGGCAGAAAGUCUUCGUAAACACUUGAAAGAUCAGAGAUAUUUGAUAGUGAUGGAUGAUAUAUGGAACACUACUGCUUGGGAUAGUGUGCAAAGAUGCUUUCUGGAUGAUAGUAAUGGAAGUCGUAUAUUAUUGACUUCUCGGCUCAGGGAGGUGGCUGAAUAUGUAAGUUCAAGUAACUCUACCAUUAACAUGCCUUUCUUAGAUGUCAAUGAAGGUUGGAAUCUCUUCUGCAAUGUGUUUGGUCAAACAAAAUUUCUUUCUGUGUUUGAGAAAAUUGGUAGAGACAUAGUGAAGAAAUGUGAAGGGUUACCUAUAGCUAUUAUUGUAGUAGCAAGUCUUCUCUCCAAGACAGACGCAGCAGUGGAGAAGUGGAAUAAUGUUGCAGAAAAUGUGAGUAGAUAUGUAAUUGGUGAUUCUAAGGAUGCAUGUUCCAAAAUACUAUAUCUCAGUUACAACCAAUUACCACACCACUUAAAAGCUUGUUUUCUAUAUUUUGGAGUAUUUCCGGAAGACUAUGAGAUCCCUGUGAAGAUAUUGGUUAGGUUGUGGGAGGCAGAGGGAUUUUUGAGGGCAGAGGAUCAUCAAAAUAUGGAGGGAGUGGCCAUGAAGUGCUUGCAAGAUAUUGUUGAUAGGAAUCUUGUUUUUGUUAGCAAAAAGAGCUACAAUGGGAAAAUGAAGACAAUAAGAAUACAUGAUUUGUUGCGUGAUUUGUGCUUGAAAGAAGCUCGAGAUGAAAAUCUCUUAAAUGUCAUUGGAGAUGAAAAGCUUCCAUUGUGCGAGAAGAAAAUGUCUCGUAGUCGUUGGAUAAGAGCAGCAUCAAGGUUUGAUACACUUCCUUUGAGAAUGUGCUUUAACAAAUCACAUUCCUUACACAUUCCCUAA